UGUGUUCCAGUCGUUGCUGCAGCUGUUUCUCAGCCCUUUUCCAGACUCCAGCGACCGACCACAAGCUCUUGUUUCCAGGAUGGUGAUCCGUGUAUACAUUGCAUCUUCUUCUGGCUCUACGGCGAUUAAGAAGAAACAGCAAGAUGUGCUUGGUUUCUUAGAAGCCAACAAAAUCGGAUUUGAAGAAAAAGAUAUUGCAGCCAAUGAAGAGAAUCGGAAGUGGAUGAGAGAAAAUGUACCUGAAAACAGUCGACCAGCCACAGGGUACCCCCUGCCACCUCAGAUUUUCAAUGAAGGCCAGUACCGUGGGGACUAUGAUGCCUUCUUUGAAGCCCGAGAAAAUAAUGCGGUUUACGCCUUUUUAGGCUUGACAGCACCACCUGGAUCAAAGGAAGCAGAAGCCCAGGCAAAGCAGCAAGCUUGAAUGUUAUGUGUUCUUCCUUCAGCAUCUUGAAAAAUAACGUAUCUCCAUUGCUUUUAUAAAACUCCUGGCUUCAAAAGAAAUAGGCUUAAAUGUUGAAAUAAUAGAUUAGUUGAUGUGCUCGCAUGCAAACAAGCAUAAUAAAAAUGUGAACAUGGUGGUGAGAAAAAUGAGAGAUGAAGUUAAAACUAAGUAGAUAUCAUAGAAUAGGAUUGUUAUCUGCCAAGAUAUCUUAUGUUCUGUAAGGAUUUUACAAAAAACCAUAUGCUUCUUUUUUGAUAUUACUGUGUAGUGUAAGGAUAUCUUCAUUUCAACUUUGAGGAAUUAAAAGAGGAGAAAGAGAGAGAGAGAGAAAGAAAGAAACUCUUAUUCCAGAAUUGCCUCAUUAACUUUAGUGAAUAUUUUGAUGUGAUGUUACUGUUGCUGAAAUGUAUUUGCAGGUUAUGUUUAUGAUAUGUUAGACAUUGUAAUUUCCUAUGGUGAUUGUGACAUUCUCAUUCUUACAUAGGAGCAACUUAUAUGCUCCGAACCACAAAUUUUCCAGGCUUCUAGAUGUAACCUUUCAUUGCAUAUUCAGUGAUCAAAAUAGUUGAUUUCCCAUAAGAAAAUCAUUGAAUGCAUUCUACUGACAGACUCCUUAUCUACUUAUACAGUUAUAACAGAAUCAUGCUUCUAAAUUACUUGCCUCAGUAAAACAAUAUGGACGUGUAAGUCAUGGAAAGAAGAUUGCAAUUAAUUUUAAAUUGGCCCUUCUUGCAAAGAGCUCAGGCUUUUAAUUAACCAUUAUACAAUAUUGCCUCUCAUUGUUAAAGAUUUACUUUCCUUUGGUGUUUGCUAAAAGAAAUCUUAGUGGCUCCCUUCUCCUGCUUUAACAUAGCUGGUGAUCAUGAAUGCCACUGUCCCCUGAUAGCUGAACUUUUUAGACAGAUUGUGUGAACACAUUAGUCCAAGUGGAAAGAAUUGCUAGCAUGCUUUGAUUUUGUCAGAAAGCACAAGUACCAAAGAAAAGGAACAGCUUUUGAAAUAUUUUGAAGAUAAGCAUGACCCAAAUCACUUAACCAGAAGGUAUUGAUAUUGUACCUUUGUCUUGUAUUACUUUAUUUUUCAAAACAAUCACCUUUUACUUCAAAUGACUGUAUCAUAUCUGCUGUUUGCAAGACUGUACUCUGCAAAAAUCCAACAUAUAAUGAAGCCAUAGCUUUGUUUACUGAAAUUCAAACUUGAUUUGAUGCUUUCAAUAAAUGUUUUUAGAAAUUA